CAGUCGUCGACAAGAAUGGGGGAGGCGGAGGAGGCGCAGUCGCUGGCGCUCACGCCGACGUGGGUGGUCGCCGCCGUCUGCCUCAUCAUCGUCGCCAUCUCCCUCGCCGCCGAGCGCCUGCUCCACCGCCUCGGCAAGGUGCUCAAAUUCAAUGGCCAGGAAGCACUGUUUUCAGCCCUGCAGAAAGUCAAAGAAGAGUUGAUGAUUCUGGGUUUCAUUUCCUUCCUACUAAGCGUCUUUCAAAAUCUCAUCAAUCACAUCUGCAUACCGGAAAGCGCUGCACGUAUCAUGCUUCCGUGCAUCGCAGAGUCGUCCAAACCCAGCGAAGAUGCUGCCAAACUUUGCAAGAUAAAGGGCGAAGUUCCCAUGCUAUCUGAAGAGGCUUUGCAUCAACUGCACAUCUUUAUCUUUGUACUUGGUGUGGUCCAUGUUCUCUUCUGUGUUACAACACUUGUACUUGGCAGAGCCAAGAUGACAAAAUGGGAUAAAUGGGAGAAAGAAAUUCAAGAAGGAAGUCUCAAGGAGCGUGAAAAGGGGUCGAGCUGGAUGAAAUCAUCUGCUUUAAGAUGGAUUGUUCCAUUCUUCAAGCAGUUUUACAAUUCUGUUGGUAAACCAGAUUAUCAAGUACUCAGAGCAGCUUUUGUUCAGCGACACUACCCAAAUCGUCCAGACUUUGAUUUCCACAAGUACAUGGUUCGCGCUCUCGAGCAUGACUUCAAAGAAAUUGUUGGAAUCAGCUGGUACCUAUGGCUUUUCGUCAUCGUCUUCCUGCUGCUGAAUAUAAAUGGGUGGCACACAUACUUCUGGCUGGCUUUCCUGCCCUUAAUUCUUCUGCUCAUCGUUGGCACAAAGCUGGAGUACAUCAGCACUCGGUUGGCUCAAGAAGCAGCCGAGUGUCCGGAUGAAGCAACUGCAAACCCCUGGAAUAAGCCAGCCAAGGAGCACUUCUGGUUCAGCAAUCCUCGGGUUGUGCUCCAUCUGAUUCAUUUCAUCCUGUUCCAGAACUCCUUUGAGAUGGGAUUUUUCUUCUGGGUCUUGGCAACAUAUGGGUUCGAUUCAUGCAUCAUGGAGAACAAAUCAUAUGCCCUUCCCAGACUUGCCAUUGGUAUCGUCGUCCAGGUGCUCUGCAGCUACAGCACCCUGCCUCUAUACGCCAUUGUCACCCACAUGGGCGGCGACAUCAAACUGCAGGCGUUCGGCGAGCACGUGCACGUGUCCGUACACAGCUGGGCGACGGACGUGAAGAAGAAGUCCACGUCGCUGCCGGCGCACACACACGCGCACGCGCACCAGCACCAGCACCCACACCAGCACCUACGCAUCCCGUUCCUCAGCAAGAAGAGGCACAGCUCCCGCCGCGACGACGCCGAGGAGGCUGCAGCCGAGGCCAGGGCAGCGCAGCACCUUGCCGAGAGCUCCAGCAUGCCCACCGAGCGGCCGCAGCCCAUCGAUGACCUGGAGGAGAUCGUGACGACCACGGAGGAGGACCAUCGUCGUCGCCACGGGUAGCUUCUCGUAGAUGUUGUACGAUCUCGCAUUACUAACGGCAGUCCACGCGCCUAGCCCCAGUCUGACGCCCAACGC